CCAGGCAGUCGCCCGCACGCCCACGCACCGCAAACAUGCUUGCUCUGAUAAUAUUUAGUAUAAUUCUUGCAUCGACCACAGCGUCGGUCAUCCCUGCGUAUGGUUAUGGAACUGGAUGGGGAGAUUAUGGACACCACCACCAUCAUCACGUUCCUGUGGCCACCUCGUACAGUAGCGUGUGGAAGGUGGACCACAGCGUGCCUGUGGUAGUCAAGCCGGUGGUAGCUCCAGUUGUCAAGACCUACCCGAGCUACGGGUUUGCUGCCUGGGAUCACGACCUCCUUCAUCAUCACCAUCACGACCACCUUCCUUACGGGUACGGGCAUGAUCACCUUCAUCACCAUCUCGACCACUACGGUCACUACUGAUGCCAAAGAACUGAAUACCAAAUAAGAGUUACCAUUGUGUGUUCGUAAUGAUUUUCAAAAUAAAUUAUUUGAUAAUAAGUGA